GCUCUAGCACUGUGCUAGGGUCUUGUGCUCGCACUCUUCCUCGCCUUCCUCGAGAAUGAUCACGGCCGUUGGACCCUAUGACGUCGAAUUUUCUAUCUACCCCUCCCCCAUGGGAAGAAAUAUAUGGGUCCAGGAGGGUAUCCCACUUUCUCUCCUCAUUUUAUAAGUUCGCUCGGAACCCGCUAUCCUGGACCGGUGCUCAAGUUCGUUUGCAACGGCCCAGAGCUAAUCUAAUUCCUAUGGUGGAAUUCUUUUCUUCACACAAAAUUUAUACCAUUGCUCCCUCCGCUCCUUGCCUACUCUGAAGACUGAGCAGCAACAAUAAACCCAACAUGGCGACGCCAAACAACCUUGAUGAUGUGCCAAACACACAUCAUGAACAGGAAAUCCUGGACGAGAAAGCUGGGAGACCGAACGGAAUUGAUUCGGAGACUUCGUCAGCAACAAAGUUGGAGCAAGGCGAAGGAAUAGAGAAUUCUCCUCCGAAUGAUGGCUAUGCUCACCCACGUUUUGGUGCGAAUCGAGUCAUCAGCGCCAACAGAGACGCAGAAGACCUCCCAAAUGUUGAGAAGGCUGGUACUUACGACAAGAUCGAAUUGACAGAAGACAUGUGCUAUGAUGAGCUGGGAUACGCAUUUCCGGAGUGGAAGAAAUGGACCAUUCUGACUGUCAUUUUCCUUGUCCAAGUCUCUAUGAACUUUAACACCAGUUUAUAUUCAAACGCCAUUGAUGGCAUCUCGGCAGAAUUUAACGUCAGUGCACAAGGUGCCCGAUGCGGUGCGAUGAUUUUCCUAGUACUGUACGCUUUCGGUUGUGAGCUUUGGGCACCCUGGAGUGAGGAAUUAGGACGAAAGCCUAUUCUUCAAGCCAGUUUGUUCUUGGUCAAUCUCUGGCAAUUGCCUGUGGCGUUAGCACCCAACUUCGCUUCAAUAAUGGUCGGCCGAGCUUUGGGUGGUCUUUCAUCCGCCGGAGGCUCCGUCACACUUGGAAUGAUUGCAGACAUGUGGGAAGCAGACAACCAACAAUACGCUGUCGCUUUCGUCGUCUUCUCUUCGGUUGGAGGUUCCAUUCUCGGCCCUAUCGUUGGUGGUUUCAGUGAAGCAUAUUUGGACUGGCGCUGGUCUAUCUGGAUCCAACUUAUCUUCGGAGGUUUCGUGCAACUACUACACUUCGUCCUUGUACCGGAAACCAGAACAACUGUUAUGAUGGAUAAGAUCGCGAAAAAGAGGCGUAAGACUGGGCAAGAUACGAACAUCUGGGGACCUAAUGAGCUUGUACCAUUCAAGGAUCGUUUCUCGGCAAAGGAAAUCCUAAUUACAUGGAUCCGACCUUUCAAGAUGUUCUUGACGGAACCCAUCGUCCUCACGCUGUCCCUUCUCAGUGGUUUCUCCGAUGCUUUGAUCUUCAUGUUCAUUCAAUCCUUCUCGUUAGUGUAUAAGCAGUGGGGUUUUGGUACCGUCGAGUUGGGCUUGGCAUUCAUUCCUAUCGGCAUCGGUUAUUUCAUCGCAUGGCUCUCCUUCAUUCCCGUCAUCAAGCGCAAUAUCAAAGAGCGACAAGCAAAGCCCGAUGACGAGAAAGCCCAAUACGAAUCUCGUCUUUGGUGGUUGCUGUACACUGCGCCGUGUCUCCCCAUCGGACUGAUCGGAUUUGCUUGGACUUCAACUGGACCACCAAUUCACUGGAUUGGAUCCAUGGUCUUUGCCGCAAUCGUUGGUAUCGCCAACUAUAGUAUUUACAUGGCCACCAUCGACUAUAUGAUCUGUGCCUAUGGCCCUUACUCUGCUUCGGCCACUGGUGGUAACGGCUGGUCCAGAGAUUUCCUUGCUGGUGUCUUGACGAUUCCGGCAACUCCUUUCUUCACCAAUAUUGGCAACAAUCCUCUUGCGGAUGCCUCGACGAUUCUCUGUAAGUUGCUUUCAACGCAGUUUUCAUCUCAUAAUGCUAACAAUUUAACAGUCUGUAUCUCAUUUUGUUUGGUCAUUGCUGUGUAUGUCAUUUAUUGGAAAGGACCGGUCCUCCGAAAGCGUUCACCAUUUGCGCAACAAUUGUCCGAUGCUCGACAGGAGGCAGAGCCUGGACGCCGUCUCUCCAGAAUAUCGUCAAAUGCUCGACGAAGCUCAAACGCUAGAUCCCAACAAGAUCUUCGUAUUAGACAGAAUAUGGGUAGUCGACAGAACAGUUAUGCGGGUCACAGAACACCACAGAGAACGCCAAUGGGGAGCAGAAAGAAUAGUCAUGCUGCUCUGCCCCACAAGGCUCAGGUCUAAAGAGCAUACAAAAUGUAAUUUUAAUUGUACAAAUAGGGUGCAGUAUGGGUUGGCGUUGCACAUAUAGGUAUGCACAUA